GCUUUGACAACAAACGUUAAACGGUGCAAAAAGUGUCCUUGCCCGGCGUGUAAACAAUCUGCGGGAACUCACGAGACAUCGCGCUGCUCGGGCAAGGAGCACGAUCACUCGUCGUUCUACAACUUCAUACAAAUGGAGAAAAAUCACAAGGACACGGACUGCUAUUUUUUUUAUUACUCAACGUGCACGAAGGGCGAUAAUUGUGCCUACCGCCAUGAAGCAUCUGCAUUGGGCAGCGAAACAGUGUGCUCUUUUUGGAUAGAGGGGAGCUGUCAAAAUCAGCAUUGUAACUUCAGACAUAUGGAGAUUAAGAAAAAUCGUAAAACGAUUCCAUGUUAUUGGGAAAAGUUUCCUACUGGAUGUAAGAAACCACAUUGUCCAUUCAAUCAUAGGAUUAAGAGAACUACGAUAACCAAUCCUAUCGAACCCGUGAAGACACCUACCCCAGCAAAACCCGUUACUCAAGAGUGGUCAAAUCGCUCUGAUGGGAAAUUCGAAGGUAACAGUACGGAGACGGAUCAGGGCCGCGGCAACAGUGAGGCCGGGAGCUUCAUCGGCAGCCCGGUCGACCCUCUCAUCGUCAACUUCGAAGAAGAGUCGGACAGUGAGAGCGCCCCGUCUCCAACGAAGAAUCCUCGAAGCCGCAUCUCGUCCUGCAAAACGUACGAGGAGAUCAGGUUGGAGGAGAUCCAGGCGGAGAGCGCGGCCUUCUACUUCUAUGAGCCAUCGAUGAACUAUCAGGCCUCGUCAGCCGGUGGCGGGAAAGAGAAGAAACCAAGUGGCGCCAGGAGUCAGAGAGCUGUACUCGGCGCAUCCGUCUACGCUCGCGAGAAUACCGAGAAGAGAGAGAAGAAUCCCGAGGAGCUUGACUUCCAAGUCCUCAGCCUCGAGGAAAUCCGCAAGCGAAAGAGGAGCCGCGAGUCGCCUACCGUCAUCGCUACAGCAGUCGCCAAUGCUGCUGUCGAGCCGGAGAUCGACCUAUCAGGGGAAUGUCAGACCAAGAAGGAGGACGGAUUCUUGAAGGAUGCCAUUAAGGUGCUGGAUGAGCUGAGGGCCGCCAAUACGGAUAAGGAAGUCGAAAGAGCGACCGAGAGGCGGAAGAGGAGAAGCUUCACGGAGGUGAAGAGCGAGGAGGACGCGAAGAGGCCGAGGGGGCAAGUCGAGGGGGUGCGAGUGCCGCCGGUUAGGCUCAGGAGGAACAGGAGAAGCAGCGCGUCCAAGGAAGAGAUCGAAAAGUCCGCGGACGAGAGCGAGAGGCUCGAGGACGAGGAGGAGGCUGCCUGCUCGAGCAGGAGACAGUCCGUCGAGGUUCGGCUCUGCGACAGCAGCACCGACGACAGUCCAUCCAGGGAAGACGUGGACGAGAAGAGUCGAAACCUGGUCGAGAGUCUCGACAGCAUCGUCAAGAACGUGACGAUCUGUAGUGACGUGCUGAAGCUGGGCAGGGAGGAGCUCCACACACUCGAUACUGCCUCGGACGACAUCCUCAAAGACAUCGACGCCCUCUUGACGGACGAUCCGAAGUCCUGAGGGUCGCGGCAACGCGCGUUCGUGGCUACUCCAACUGUGCAUGUACUUACUUUAUGACGAAUGUAAGGCGAUUGUGUUGGUGAUUUUUAAGAGGAUGGGAAGG